AUGUACGACUUUUUUCUGCAACAUCAAAAUGGACUGAACGAGUUUGUCAUCGUCAGCGAGCUGUGUGAGAAAACACUACUGCAAGAACAAUUCUCCAUGAAGUCAUUUAUCCGCUAUUUUAGUGAGGUAAAUGCGGCAAUCAAAGCAAUGGGGGAACAGGGACUUUGCCAUCGCGAUAUCAAACCGCAAAACAUCUUGCUAAAGCGAAAUGAAAAUGGAGUCUUGUCUGUUAGGGUCGCCGACUUUGGCUUGAGUGGAUUUUCUGGAGGAACCCCCCUUUACAAUCCACCAGAGUCGUCGACAGAAUCGAUUCCUUUUGCUUCAGAUAUUUACUCCCUUGGAAUAACGAUGCUUUUCACGCUGUUUGAAUCAGACCUUGCAUUCAAGAUGUAUCUCAUGCCAGGAGAUCGACCAAAUUUAAAGAAGAAGUUAGGCGUAUUCAACUCGAUCGCUUUCAUAUCCCAGAUGAUUGCUGAUGAUUACAAACUACGCCCAACUGCAGACGAGAUUGAUCGGUUCCUAUGUACAACAAGGCUAUGGAAAAUCACUUUUAGUGAUAGCACAAGGAUCACAGAAGAUGAUCUUGGAAUAUCCGACGAAAUCAAUGCCUUAACCUCAACCUCUAUCGGCAGCGAUAUUCAGCGAAGGGCAGCGAAGUUCCAAACUGAUGCCUUUUCUACUUUGCUGUUUCAAGAAACAGCUCCCAGGACGACCGACUUCGACUCAAAAUUCUUCCAAGGAAUAACUGAACUUUCCAAGAUGAUAAGUCGAACAAUCCAUGACCAGGGCGACUCUUACAAAUGCUGGGCUUUUGCGACAGCAAGCAUGAUCCGUUCAUCACUUCGAGAGGCGAUAUCAAAUUCAGGAAGAAUAGACAAGCUGGCGAAGGAAGAACUUUACGAAUCGGUCAAAUCGAUCGAUCAUAAGCUACUUCGGUCGGAACUGAUGAUGAACGUCAUUCCUACAAAAGUAAGCGCAAAUUCCGACGAGAUUCAGUCGGCAAUGCUUCAUCACGUCAUGAGAAGACUCACCGAGCCAACUUUGCUGCAGAGAGAAGGCAUCUUCAUGCUCGGAUGUCUGAAAGCAAUACUCAAAAAACUUGAGCCCUUCGAGGUGAAGCUGGAAAUCUUUGCUCAUCCUACAGACUACGAUCGAUUUCCGAAGAAUUUAUCAGACAAUGGCGUCGUUGGAGAUUUCAUCAAUGCGCUUGAGCACAAAAAAGUACUCGUUUGCCCUGUUAGAAUGGGAAGCUCGUCAAUCAAACACGCAAUGUGUCUUUAUGGCUUCAACGAAGAAUCCGAAUUUUUGUUCAAAAACACGUCAAAUGAGACGAAGACAAUUGCGAUUCCUCUGACAAAAUGCGAGCCUAGAAUUGGCUAUCACAUCUGUUUUCAAGAAUCUGUGGACUCAACUGUCGCUGAAUAA